UCUCCGUUAACAAAUACUAAGUUGGUAAUACUGUGAGCGAAGACGUCCAUCUUUGAAAAAUUCACUGCGGAAACGUUCAUUUCAUUUCGGAUUGUCUUCGAGUAAAGAUGUAUUACUUAUUUGCACUUAAAAAAUUAUAUAAAUUUGAAGAUAGUAAAAGUGGUUAUGGUUAACUUACAAUGGAAUUUUUGUAAGUUCAUUGUUUGGAACAUGAAUUAAGUAUAUGAGGACGUGAAAUUUGUGAACUAUCCAUAUUUGCCUGUCCACAAAGGUCAUCCUAACCACGUGGAAUUCAGUGUCUGAUAUAAGCAGUGCAUUAAAUACCAAGGGAUUUACGAAUGGCUAUUUUGGUGUUGAACGCUGGAGGCAGUAAGAAAUGCAAUUUAAAAGAUUAGGUACCCGUUACAACAAUAAUUUAAGAGAGAAUAUAUAGCACUAGAUCCGGCAUUCCACGAGGUCUUUGUGGAAAUUAAAAACAAUGUAAUAUAGCAAAUAAAGAAUGAAUUGAUUUUAAAUAUGGUGUAUUUUUAUUGUGGAUCCUCUUUUAAAGUUAGGAGAAUAUAAGUUAUAUAUUCUAAAAAUAAUGCGCAUUCCCCGCAAUUGGAGUCUCUGUUCAUUUCAUUGACAAAUGCAGAUCCUCAAGAACCAAGACUAAUUAAUGCAUAACUAAAAAAUACGUGUUUUUUAAGUAGCUCGACAUUUUGUCGGCAUAUGUUGAAAAUCUAUUCCGCUAUAUUUUAAUACAGGGCAAAAGUAUUAUUGUGAAUGCUACUUUAUAACAAUGGAACAGUGAGAUUGGAACGUAAGAGAACAGAAAAUAAGGGAGAGAUUGUUUUAUUCCUCUUCACUGUCCUAGACAGCUUAUAAACAAAAAGCGGUUAAUUUACCAUAAUAUAUAAAGUCAGGACAUAAAAUUAUGUUUAAGUAUAAUUUACCGAAUGGCGGUCUGCACGCUCGUUGUUACAUUAAUUCCAAUGGUGAAAUUAAAUUUGAUCCGCCAGUAUAUGAGCAGCGUUAUACCACAACCAUACGCAUAUUGGAAGAUCCAUGUUGGGGGCACAAAUUUAAAAAAGUGGUAGAUUUCGGAUGUGCUGAAAUGCGAUUAUUGUCAUUGCUACGCCGUACGGAAGGCAUAGAACAUAUUCUAGAGGUUGACAUCGAUGAAAAUUUAUUAAGGAGCAAUAAACAGAGAGCAGAACCCUUGGUAUCGGACUACUUGAACAAACGUGAAACUCCUUUGCGAAUCGAUUUAUUACAAGGAAGUAUUGACACGGCGGCUGAACAAUUGUUGAAUGUAGACGCAGUCAUUGCAUUGGAAAUAAUUGAGCACUUGUACCCAAAAACACUAGAGAAUACUCCGAAAAAUAUAUUCGGUUUUAUGCAGCCUAAAUUAGCAAUAUUUUCAACACCAAAUUCAGAAUUUAACGUACUUUUUGAGCCAUUAUUAGCAAAUGGUUUCCGACACGAUGAUCACAAAUUCGAAUGGAAACGAUCUGAAUUUAAGGACUGGGCAUUAAAUAUUUGUCAACAAUAUCCCAAUUAUAAGGUUGCUUUUAUGGGUGUUGGGGAUGCACCACCAGAUAGAAAGGAUAUUGGCAACGUUACUCAAAUGGCAAUAUUCGCACGUUGUGAUUUGCUGGACCCUUCUCUUCAUAAUGAGUUACUUUCCAGCAAGGUCGCAGUAGAUUGUGGUCCCGAUGCAGAUAUGAGGUACAAAGAAAUAUUUACUGUAGACUUCCCAGUUUAUAUUGAUGAACGUAGUAAAGACCAAAAAAUUUUGGAUGAGGCGCGCUAUCAAAUCAGUCGUUGUCGACGUAUUGAUAGAUAUUUCAAUUGCGAUUUACGUGUAUAUGAAGUACCUCUAAUAGUUUUAAGAGACUAUAUUGAAAAUAUUGGCGCUACAAUGCGGGAAUUGCUUGCUGUUCUAAAGGAAAAUGAUAUUGAGGUAAAGGAAGAACACAUCAUAUUACCCGAAUAUGAUGAGGAUGAUUUUAGUUAUCGUCAAUAUGACGAUUGUUAUGAUGAGGAUUUGGGAGUGUGGAAUGAUGCUGGAUAUGAUGAGACCGGAAAUGACGACGAACGGGGCGCAUGCGGUGGAUAUUCACAUACUAAAGGAGACACCAACUAUGAUGCUGAGGAAAAUUGGGAUUAAACGAAAGCUAGUAGGGGUUUAAUUUAGUUAACUGUUUUGUACUAAGAAAAUGAUCAAAUUAAAUAAAGUUGAUAAAUACUAUUUAUAGAAAAAAA